UAAUAAAUAAUUUGUAAUAAAUAACAGAUAUGAAAUAAUAAAGGAAAGACGGGAAUCGGGGAAAUACGUAGGAUGGACAGAUAUCACGAUAUUUCGUAUAAUUCGCGUUGAAUUCCAAGAGCAAUCUUUAAAAUUACAGUCUAUUUAAAGUCUACAUUGUAAGAUGGUCACUGAUCAUUAGUCAUUAGUGCAGUCACUGCGUUUUUGUAAAAGCUGAAUUUCAAUUUUACAGGUAGCCUUUAAAUAGCCUUCAGAUAGUAAUCAAUUAUUACAUCACGUCUUGCGCAUGAUCAUUACAGGUGUCCGACAAAUUUGUAACGUACGACGAACGGGCAAUAAAAUUAGGGCAUCAAAGAAACGAUAAACAUGUAUUCGUGUAUUUGUACUUUGUAUACACGCUCGUCACAUUAAGUUGGAAGUCGUUUUACGUUAUUCGCGAUGGUAUAGUGGAAGGAACGAUGGGAAUAUCAAACACAUUUCAAAAUAUGAUUCUUGCCGUCAUUGGCACUUAUUGUGUUUUAUUGACGUGCAUAUUUCUGGAUCUGAUACGGCAGCGUUUCCGUCACCUGAACGAGACGAUAGUCCCUCACGUUUCGGAGUUACCGGUGACUGGCUCACAGGGCGAAAUUACGGUUUACGAUGUGCGUUAUUUGCACGGCGUGCUUCUAGAUAGCGCCGUAAUGAUAAACGCUCUAUUCGGGAUAGGCACCCUGCUCACCUUCAUGUCUAUUUUGCUGGAACUUGUUACGGUUAUAUACACAAUCAUAAAAGAUAUGAAGGAAGAUGACAUUGUGACGAUGCUGGAUUUGCUCUUUCAAACUAUUUUUUUGUUCGCGAUGUAUCACUUUACAUGUUAUGAGGCAAAUCGUGUUGAAAAGCGCGUGAUAAAAUAUGGCUUAUCUUUUUCGAACAAAAAAUGCCGUAUAGACAAAAUCGAAAUGAUGUUAUAUUUCUAUCAUAAAAGAUUUUUCUUUACGGCUGCAGAAUUUUUUCCACUGGAUAUCAGGAUAUUUCUUCCGAUUGCCACUGCAGUAACGACGUAUUUAACUUUAAUAGUAUAAUUAUACUUAUGACUUAGUCAUGCACCAAGAACAAUAAGAAUAAUAUCGUAAGAAAGAAAUACACAUAUCGUAAUACGAGAAAUAAUUUAUG